AUCGAAUUGAUGGUGCUGCCCUUGGCUGAUAGGUGUGUAGGUACUACACUGCCACAGGUCCAUAAUCUGCACAAAUAUUAUUGGCGGCUUGAGAUGCAUUUUUGCCUUUAUCGUAGUAGUGCUGUAAAAUAUGCCGUAUUUUCUCUUUAUUUUGUUCCAUGUUUGCGACGCUAUUACUCACGAACGACUUAAAAGAAACAACAAUCAAUCAAACACGUGUUAGCGCGUGAAAUGAGCUUUCCAAAAAGGUAUAGCAUGACCCGAUGCGACGAAUAAAACUAGAACUACGCGCUUUCAGCGCCAACUAGAGACAAUACUGCAGGACUUUUUUGACACCCCAAUAUUUAUUGUAAAUAUGUAAUUGUUCAAAAUAGUGAAAUUAAUUUAAAUAUUUCGACAUUGGUUAGUUAAAAUGCCUGAUGAAACCAGUUUGACAGACCAUGAACAAGGUAUUAUAAAAGGAAUGCAUGACAGCGAUGCCAAUAUCACCAAUACCGCAAAAAAAGUAAACCGACACCGGAACUUCAUCUCUCAUUACCUAAAAAAUUUAAGUCGAUAUGAUACAAUUCGACGAAGUGGGCGGAAAAGCAACGUUGAUUUGCGUUGCAAACGGCAAAUACAAGGACAUGCUGAUGCUGUGGGUGAUUUAAUGUGUAGCGAAAAAAUUUAAGGUCGUAUGGGUCUCCAAAUAACUGACAGUCGAAUAGUGGAAAGAAUCCUUAAAAAUCCAUUACUGACACAUACCUCUAUGGUACCUAAACCCAAGCCUUCACAGCGACAUUUAAAAGCUCGCAUGCAAGUUGCAAAUAAGUACCAAUUUUAAUGCUAAGAAUGGCAUAACGUAACUUUUAUUAAUGAAAAAAAGUUCAAUCUAGAUCACCCUGAUAGUUGCAUAUAGGAGAAAUAUGCGCCAGAAUCGGUGAUCCUGUUUUAAGCGAGGAUUUGGCGGUGGCAGUGGGAUGAUAUGGGCCGCGUUCUGCUAUAGGGAAGAGCCAUAUAUGUGCUACAUCUCUACCCUUAAUAGAAUUUGGUGGCAAUUUAUAUGGCAACGACAGGACUUUUCUGUAGGCCUAUGUUUCAAUACACACAGUUCAGGUCACCAAAUCCUUCUUUACAGGGCGAAAAAUACCUGUAUUGAACUGGUGCGCCUUAAUUCCGGGCCUAAAUCCGAUCGAGAUACUCUGGGGUAUCGUCUCUGACAAAGUGUUCAAGAACGGUAUACAGUUUGAGACAGCAAGGACCUUAAAAAGGCAAUAGACCAAGAAUGGGUCACUGUUGACCCAGCCCACCUUAAAGUCUGGGUGGACUAGAUUCUGUCCCGACUUAAUUCCGUAGUACUGAAUAAUGGUAAUAAUAUUGACCAUUAAUGGAGUCAUGUGUAGAAGUUCACGCAAGUGAGGAAAGUUCUCUGAUCGCCAUUCACUUGAGAGUGGCCAGAAACGAUUCUUUUACAUAUGACUCAAGCAGCUCAUGACUUCCGGUCUUUGACCAAGUAUACUCUGGGUAGCCUAAGAACAUCCGUUUGAAGGCGAGCUAAAGUGAGAAGGCGAAACAUCCCCUGCAUAGGGUUGUGGGCUGGGUUUGGGACCCACCCCCAAUGAAAAAGCGUAAACAGCCUCGGAUGAGAGACCCCUCUUUUGAUGACGACCAUGGCAAACGAAAAAAGGACUAUGAUUUGAGGGCAUGCACCUGGAAUGUCCGGUCCCUUAAUUGGGAAGGCGCCGCUGCCCAGCUGGUUGAUGUCCUCGUAAAGAUAAAGGCUGACAUCACCGCCGUCCAAGAAAUGCGAUGGACGGGACAAGGACAGAAACGAGUAAGUCCUUGUAACAUUUACUACAGUGGCCAUAUAAAGGAGCGCAAGUUUGGUGUUGGAUUCGUGGUGGGAGAGAGACUUCGUCGCCGAGUACUAUCAUUCACUCCGGAGAAUGAACGUCUAGCCACAGUCCGCAUCAAAGCGAGGUUCUUCAACAUAUCGCUGAUUUGCGCCCACGCCCCGACGGAAGAGAAGGACGAUAUGACCAAAGAUGCCUUUUGUGAGUGCCUGGAGCGCACUUAUGAGAGUUGCCCCCGCCACGAUGUCAAAAUCGUGCUUGGCGACUUUAACGCCAGGGUGGGCAAAGAUGGUAUCUUUGGCACUACGGUCGGUAAAUUCAGCCUCCACCAGGAAACAUCCCCAAAUGGGUUGAGGCUGAUCGACUUCGCCGGGGCCCGAAAUAUGGUUAUCUGUAGUACUAGAUUCCAGCAUAAGAAGAUCCAUCAAGCUACCUGGCUGUCUCCGGAUCGAAAAACCACCAACCAGAUCGAUCAUGUUGUGAUAGACGGAAGACACGUCUCCAGUGUUUUAGAUGUGCGUGCGCUCCGAGGUCCUAACAUCGACUCGGACCACUAUAUUUUUGCAGCCAAAAUUCGCACCCGCCUCUGUGCAGCAAAAAACAGGCGCCAGCAAACACAAGGAAGGUUCGAAGUCAAGAAGCUGCAAUCACAACAGACAGCUGAACGAUUCUCUACUCGGCUUGCACUCCUGCUCUCUGAGAGCACUCGCCAACAACUCGGUAUAAGGGAACUGUGGGACGGCAUUUCAAACUCCUUACGUAUAGCUGCAACCGAAACCAUUAGUUUUCGGAAAGUGCAAAAGAACAGCUGGUACGACGAGGAGUGCCGUGUCGCAGCGGAGAGAAAACAGGGCCCGAAUCGCGGCACACGUUAACGAGCGAAAUUUAAGAAUAUUUUUUGUUUUCGGAUCGUUGUAGUCGCUAUCGAAUAGGCACUUUCGAAAUUUGAAAUUUUCUCAUUCGAUAACGAGUUCUUGUUUGUACGAAAGAAUCGAAAUUUCAUUCGUUAGCUAUUUGAGAAACGUUAUAGCACAAAUUGAAAAAAAAAUUUGAGUAUAUCCGCUAAAAAAAGUCCGAGGGGCAAAAUGUAAGUAAUUUUUCAUUUAUUUAGUUUAUUUAACAUGUGAUAUAAUUAUAACUAAUAAUUUAAGGACCAAUGUAAACAAAAUAAAUAUGCGUCAAAAAAAUUUGAUGAGUGACUUUAUGCUACAGCAUCAGGACUUGGCAAAAAAUAUUUUGCCUAAUUGUGGGCAAGGCAAAGUUGCAGCAAAUAAGCUAUGGGAGGCGUUGACUUUAAAACUGAACGCUGCCGGGCCACCGAUGAAAGAUGCUAAAUCUUGGCGAAAAGUAUUUGCUGACCAGAAGCACAACAUAAAAAAGAAAAUUUCUUUCAACAAAGCCUCAAAACAAAGGACUGGUGGUGGUCCGUACGAGGAAAAGCUAUUAACUGCAGCAGAAGAGCAACUCCUCCAAGCUACGGGGAUAGAUGUUGCUGUAGAAGGGUUGACCGUAGUAAAAUCUUUUGGAAAUGUAGAGCCCGAAGAAGGAUUAAAUGAGUUGGUAGAAAUGAUUAUAGAUAGCGAGGAAGAAGAAGAUCCGACUCCAUCCACCAGUCGCAGUGCGACAAAGUCAUGUAAAGCGAAGCCCACUGUCGAAAGUGAAAAGCUUUCUCUUUUAAAAUGCAAUUUACGCGCAUAUGAAGUAACGCAAGCGCAAAUAAAUAAAAAUAUUGAGAAACUACUUGCGCUAAAGCAGAGAUCUCUCCAAAUAAAAGAAGAGGCACAUGCUCCAGAUAUGAAAAUAAAAGCUGUAGAGUUGGAGAUUAAAACUCAUGAGCCUGAUAUUUUAAAGAGAAAAAUCCAUAAAUAAAUACCAAUAUAUAGGAUAUGUUAAUUCCAAGUUCUUUAUUGAAAAUAUAUUUGUUAAAAUAAAAUACUUAUGAAUUCAAAUGUUGUUGGAACGUUUAAUUCAAUUAUUAUCUAAAGACAACACAAUAUGAUCUCUAAUUUUAUGACCAAUUUUGGUUAAUUGAGUCUCAUUUCCGGUAUCUAUUUCUGUAUCAUUAUUUUCGUUUACAAAAUAUCUGCAAUAUGUUGAAUUUUUAUAUUGUAUGCAAAUGUUAUGCAACGCUGCACAUACAUUGCCGAAUUUUGCCAUCUUUUCAGGACUAUACCGACUUCUUUUAUCAUUGGUAAGAAUUUUCCACCGGCCUUUCAGUAUACCAAUGGUUCGUUCAACAAUACAGCGUGCUUUUGCAUGGAUUUCAUUAAACCGUGCUUGGCACGAGCCAACUUCGGGGUUUCUAAAUGGUGUCAAACACCAUGGUUCCAAAGGAUAUCCAGAAUCUCCUGUUAAUUGAGAAAAUACGUAGAUAUGUUUAUAAAUAUAUUUUGCAGCUGUAUAAGUGCAUAUAUUACCCAAAAGCCAGACAUUGUUGUUUUGAUUAUAUGCUUCCUCCAAAAAUCUCCUCUGCGCAGAAUGCUUCCAUACAAAGGAAUCGUGAGCGGCUCCACCAUAUUUUGAAUCAAUAGCUAAAAUUCGAUGUUCGUAAUCACAAAUCUGCAAAUAUAUAUAUGUACAUACAUACAUAUUCGUAAGUAUGUGGUCUACAAAUCCAAAUAUAUAUGUAUAUAAAUGCAUAUGUUAUGUAUUUAUGAGUACAUCCAUGUGUACAUAUAUGCGACUUACUACCAUUGAAUUAAGACUGUGGUAUCCUUUUCUGUUGAAAAACAUAUGUUCAUUCACAGUUGGUUUUUGAAGGCCAAAAUGUGUACCGUCAAUACAUCCGAUAACUAAACAUUUGUAUAUUUAUUUUUAGCAUCUUUAUUUAGUCGACAACAUACCUCCUGGAACUUUAUAUUUCUCAACAAAGUAUUCUGCGCACUUAGAUAAACGGUUUGGCGAAAACUUAAUGAAAUGUGGACAAAGUUUUGUCUCCAUUUCAUUAACUACGUCCCCUACAAUUCUACACACUGUGCUUUGACACAUUCCAAUUAAAAAGUCGUUUCCAACUGAGUGUUUAUAGCCUCCACUCGCCAAAAGGGAAUUGAAGAAUUGGUGGUACCGCGGUUGACAAAUGUCCGUUAAAUUCUAUUUCCGAUAAGAUGAAUGUAAAUGCGUCUUUGGUCAGUCUAAACCGCUUCCUGAAUCUGUAAAUUAUUUAAAAUAAUAAUAUCUAUACCAAGUUAAACGAUGUAAUUAAAAAUGUUCUUACGCUGCUUCAGGUAAAGCCAGGGGAUUACUUUUGUCACGGAUCCUGGUCCUUAUGGCCAUUUGCUCAUGUUCUUCAUCUGAUUCAGAUGAACUUGAAUAAAAAAACACGUUGGGGUUCAUUUUUUUUGCCUGCAAAAACUAAAUUUAGUAAAUUUAUAUAUGUAUAAACGUAUAUUAAAUUUGAAUAUUUACAUUCAAUUCCAAUUCAAAUAUUUCUUUCUUUUGUUUUGUUUCGUUAUUCGAAAAUGUCAUUUAGAGCUACACCAGGGAAGUUAUUUCAUAAAAUUUCUAUUCGUUUCGUAUCGAGUGCGACGAUCCGCACACUCGACACGUUACGAAAUUUCAUUCGAUACGAUUACUUGCUCGCUCACGACUGCCGCGAUUCGGGCCCAGGCUGCCUACCUCGCAACGUUACGAUCGACCACAACACGUGCGGGAUGGGAUAGAUACCGAGCGUUGAAGAGGGAAGCGAGACGCAUUUGCAGACAGAAGAAGAAAGAGGCCGAAAUAAGUGAGUACGAACAGCUUGAUAAGCUGGCUGCCGACAGGGGUAAUGCUCGAAAAUUCUACGAAAAAAUGCGACGGCUUACAGAAGGUUUCAAGACCGGAGCAUACUCCUGUAGAACCCCCAAAGGUGAUCUAGCCACCGAUGCCCAGAGCAUACUUUGAUUAUGGAGGGAACACUUCUCCAGCCUGCUGAAUGGCAGUAAACACAUAACACCAGGAGAAGGCGAACCCGAUUCCCCAAUCGAUGACGAUGGAGCAGACGUUCCAUUACCCGGCCAUGAAGAAGUUCGAAUAGCAGUUGCCCGCCUGAAGAACAACAAAGCGGCAGGGGCAGACGGAUUGCCGGCCGAGAUAUUCAAACACGGCGGCGAAGAACUGAUAAGGAGCAUGCAUCAGCUUCUUUGCAAAAUAUGGUCGGAUGAAAGCAUGCCCAACGAUUGGAAUUUAAGUGUGCUAUGCCCAAUCCAUUUAAAAAGAGACCCCACAAUCUGCGCCAACUACCGUGGGAUAAGCCUCCUCAACAUCGCGUAUAAGGUUCUAUCGAGCGUAUUGUGUGAAAGAUUAAAGCCCACCGUCAACAAACUGAUUGGACCUUAUCAGUGUGGCUUCAGACCUGGUAAAUCAACAACCGACCAGAUAUUCACCAUUCGCCAAAUCUUGGAAAAGACCCGUGAAAGGAGAAUCGACGCUCAUCACCUAUUCGUCGAUUUCAAAGCUGCUUUCGACAGCACGAAAAAGAGCUGCCUUUAUGCCGCGAUGUCUGAAUUUGGUAUCCCCGCAAAACUGAUACGGCUGUGUAAACUGACGUUGAGCAACACGAAAAGCUCCGUCAGGAUCGGGGAGGACCUCUCCGAGCCGUUCGAUACCAAACGAGGUUUCAGACAAGGCGACUCCCUAUCGUGCGACUUUUUCAAUCUGCUGCUGGAGAAAAUAGUUCGAGCUGCAGAACUCAACAGAGAAGGUACCAUCUUCUAUAAGAGUGUACAACUGCUGGCGUAUGCCGAUGAUAUUGAUAUCAUCGGUCUCAACACCCGCUCCGUUAGUUCUGCUUUCUCCAGACUGAACAAGGAAGCAACGCAAAUGGGUCUGGCAGUGAACGAGGGCAAGACGAAAUAUCUCCUGUCAUCAAACAAACAGUCGUCGCACUCGCGACUUGGCACACACGUCACUGUUGACAGUCAUAACUUUGAAGUUUUAGAUAAUUUCGUCUCUCUUGGAACCAGCGUAAACACCACCAACAAUGUCAGCCUGGAAAUCCAACGCAGGAUUACUCUUGCCAACAGGUGCUACUUCGGACUGAGUAGGCAAUUGAAAAGUAAAGUCCUCUCUCGACGAACAAAAACCAAACUCUAUAAGUCGCUCAUAAUUCCCGUCCUGCUAUAUGGUGCAGAGUCUUGGACGAUGUCAACAACCGAUGAGUCGACGUUGCGAGUUUUCGAGAGAAAAGUUCUGCGAAAGAUUUAUGGUCCUUUGCGCGUUGGCCACGGCGAAUAUCGCAUUCGAUGGAACGAUGAGCUGUACGAGAUAGACGACGACAUUGACAUAGUUCAGCGAAUUAAAAGACAGCGGCUACGCUGGCUAGGUCAUGUUGUCCGGAUGGAUGAAAACACUCCAGCUCUGAAAGUAUUCGACGCAGUACCCACCGCGGGAAGCAGAGGAAGAGGAAGACCUCCACUCCGGUGGAAGGACCAAGUGGAAAAGAACCUGGCGUCGCUUGGAAUAUCCAAUUGGCGCCACGUAGCGAAGAGAAGAAACGACUGGCGCGCUGUUGUUGACUCGGCUAUAAUCGCGUAAGCGGUGUCUACGCCAGUAAAGAAGAAGAAGAACAUCAUAUAUACAUAAUCAUUAAAAAUAAUAAAAAAAAAAAGUACCAAAUAUGCACAUAUAAAUAUUUAGUACUAAGACUAUUUUCGUUUAACUUCCUUAUUACAUAUAUUUGAAAUUUGUUAC